UGACAAAGAGGUAAGAAGAAAAGUAGACCAUGGGCCAAGUCAAAAUGCAGGCAAACCACCUGUGCAGUUUGGGCUUGGUCAUCUCCCUGGAGGGAAAAAAGAUAGGGAUUAGGGUAUGCCCCAAGAGAACAGUUAAGAGGGUUGCAAGAUGACCUUAUGAAAGUAUCUCCAAAUGGACCCAGUAGAAGGGUACUGGACAUUAAUUUAUAAUUUUCACCCUUCCCCUAUCUAGUUUGCAAGUGAAACUACAAUUUUCUUUUGUCAAUUACUUCUAUACAAGGACGUUCCUGUGAGGUUUGGGAACCAUAAGAGUUCUGCUGACCUCCAGGAGGAAAUACCUCAAACUUAUGAAAAUCAAUUUUGGCUCCAACUUUGCCUUAUGUGUCCGUGGCUCAGCAGAUGGCACCACCUAGUCCAAGCAGCAACAACAUCAGUGGCAGCAGUGGGGGGGGCGGAGGUGACCAGCUCAGCAAAACCAACCUCUACAUCCGAGGGCUGCAGCCAGGCACCACGGACCAGGACCUAGUCAAGCUCUGUCAGCCAUAUGGCAAAAUUGUUUCUACUAAGGCCAUAUUGGACAAGACAACAAACAAAUGCAAAGGCUAUGGCUUUGUAGAUUUUGACAGUCCUUCAGCUGCACAGAAAGCUGUGACUGCGCUUAAGGCCAGCGGGGUGCAGGCACAGAUGGCAAAGCAACAGGAGCAGGAUCCUACGAAUUUAUACAUCUCAAACCUCCCAGUGACUAUGGAUGAGCAGGAGUUGGAAGGGAUGUUGAAGCCUUUUGGGCAAGUUAUUUCUACUCGAAUUCUUCGAGACACAAGUGGGACCAGUCGAGGGGUUGGUUUUGCAAGGAUGGAGUCCACAGAGAAGUGUGAAGCCAUCAUUACCCACUUUAAUGGAAAAUACAUUAAGACACCCCCUGGAGUACCAGCCCCGUCUGAUCCUUUGCUCUGCAAAUUUGCUGAUGGUGGGCAAAAGAAACGCCAGAAUCAGGGGAAAUAUGUACAGAAUGGUCGAUCUUGGCCACGAGAUGGUGAUGUGGGUGGCAUGGCACUGACCUAUGACCCUGCCACAGCUCUCCAGAAUGGGUUUUAUACAGCACCGCCCUACAGCAUCACCCCCAACAGGAUGAUUGCCCAGACCACACUCUCUCCCUAUCUCCCAUCUCCUGUAUCUUCAUAUCAGGUUCACAGCCCGUCUUGGAUGCACCACCAGUCAUACCUCAUGCCACCUGCAGGCACAGUCCUGACCCCAGGGAUGGACCACACCAUUUCCAUCCAGCCUGCUUCAAUGAUGGGACCUCUCACCCAGCAGCUGGGCCACCUUUCCCUCAGCAGCACGGGCACGUAUAUGCCCACAGCUGCAGCUAUGCAAGGAGCUUAUAUCCCCCAGUACACACCUGUGCCUUCUUCCAGUGUUCCUGUUGAGGAAAGCAGUGGCCAGCAGAGUCAAGUAGCAGUGGACCCUCCUUCCGAUCACACGGCCUAUUCUUUCCAGUACAGCAAGUAACAGUGGAUGGGCCUGGGCCUGAGAGGACCACUGCUCUCACGCCUGCCGCUGCUCCCACAUCACUGGUGGAGCCUGGGGUUACAAAGCCACCUUUCCUCUGUGCUGCAUUCAAGGAGAUCAGUUUUUUUUUUUUUUCUUUCUUUUGCAAAGAAAACAUUUUUUAAAACAGACUCUACACACCCCAAGGAGACCAACCAGUGACUGGACAUUCAUGUCUCCGUAUGAGAAAAAUUGUGUUGUGUUGGGAUUUAUCAUUUGGGCUAUUUUUAAAAUUUCUUUUAAAAGAAAGUGGAAAGCUUUGUUACUGGGGCAUUGGCCAUGGGUUCUUCUUGAUGGGUUUGGUUACAGACUUUUCUGUUUUUAUUAUUUUGUAGGGUUUUUUUAAAAGAAAAUAUGCAGUUUUUUGAAUUUUGUUUUGUAAAGCUCCCAGAAUCCGUGCCUGCCCCUCUCUUUCUGCUUCUUUCCCAAGAUCCAUCCUAACCCAACCACUGCUUUCUUCCCACCCCAUGCUGCAGAACCUGCCUACUUCGGCUUUUUAACUUGGGGAUUUUAAUUUUUUGAAAUGGAAUUUUAUUUUGUGAAUUAAGAAAGCAGAGCACUACUUGGGCAGUGGAGGGGGUUCUUCAUCCUUCCUCCUUUCUGCUCCUCUUCCCUGACUCACCUGCUUCCUUCCUGGAAAAAAAAAAACAGCAGACUUUGGCUACAGGGAAGAGAGAGAGGUCCUUGGACACUCCAGAGACAACCUCCCCCCCACCUCCUCAUACACUCCCAUUUGGACGGAGACAAGGUUUCCUCCAGAACAAGACAACAAAUUCAACUUCUGCUCUUCUUCUUGCUGCUAUGGGGACAUCCCAUCCCAGGAAAUCAUUUUUGGCUUCACCUCUUCAGGAAUCCUAACUCUGCUGCUCUGGCUGGCUUUUUGUGCCAUCUACAGGAAAGGAGCUGUGGGCCUGUCACCUUUCUCUUUUUCUCCCCACUCCUUUUGGCUGUGCUCAGAGCCCCGACAGCUAGAACAUGUACUGCCUUCCUCUUCCUCUUUGUCCCUGCCUCCCCCACCUUUUCUACCAAGCAUGGAUCGCCUGACCGGCUGCUUCAUCUUGGUGUAGAUGAUACUGCCCCACAGGACUUGGUAAUACUUUGCCCUGACCCUGGGAUCCACAGUGCCUUCUGACAUCCACCUUUGGGGAUGCUGCCAGGGAAGAUCAUUACCCAACCUCUCUGCAUGUACUGACUUACCAACAAGCUUUGGUUUGCAUGUUAGAGUGUGUGUGUGUGGGUGUGUGGGUGUGUGGGUGUGUGGGUGUGUAUGUGUCUGUAUUUGGGUAGGGGUAAAAAAGGAAACACCAGUCUCUGAUUGUAUAGUUCAGCCUGCACUAUCCUGGUGAGUUUGCCCUUCUCCUGAGGUUCUGGGCAUCUGCAGGCAUCUUCCUUCUUCUGGAAGUCCAGCAGGUAUCUGGGCUGGAAAUGUGCAAUAACCAUCCCCCCCAUCCCGCAUUUCAUGCUUCCUGUGAGUGUAGGACUCCAGGAGAAAAGGCCCAUGAUUUGCUUUUCUACCUACCCCCACUGUUCUCCCACUGCAAGAUUUAUCUCUAUACCCAGAGAAAGAAGCAAUGGGAGCAUCAUGCCCCUGGCCCCCUCAAGAAACAGACUUCCCUUUUCACCUUCCCACCCAGAAUCCAGUUUCAUAAUAACAUUGUAAGACUAUGAAAGAGAGGUGGUUUCAGCCCUAAGGACUGGGUCCCUCCACCUAUGGGGCAGGCUCCUCUGCACUAGACAAUCAAGGACUGAUAAACAAGAUAAAGAUGGAUGCAUGAUGGAAAAUCAGGUGUUAAAUAGGCUGGAGGGAGAGGGAGGGGAAAUGCUGCAGCACCAAUGACUGAGAUUUGAUGAUUGAUAGGCUCUAGCCCAGGACCCUCCGAUCUAUCCUUCAUGCUUCCUUAUCCCCCAAAUUCCAAUUUUUUUAGCUUUGGGAGAGGUUUGCCAAUUUUCAGUUUCUUUUGGGUGCUUUUUAAACUUGAGGCACCCUCAAUCCCAGGAUGUAUUUGCUCAGAGGGUGCCCCCUUGCCUUUCCUCUUGUCCUUUAUCACCCCAUUUCAUUUGUCACUGUCAGUGAGGAAUGCAUUCAGUUAUCCUGUCUGGACAGUCUGGGUGCCAGAGGGCAGAGGCUAAGGCCCGGGGGAGCUUUUAUUCUAAAAAGUUGGCCAAGAAUGACAGUUCCUACCUUGACUCCAAACUCUUAAGGGGAAAAACUCCAAUAGUUUGAUUUGGAGCACAUCUUAAAUGACAGCCUGGGACAUUUCUCCGUCUAUGAAAGAGAUGUGGGGGGGGGGGGGGGCUCCCAUGUGCCAUAUGUAGCACAAGACACUGCUCCUCUUCCUGAUUCAAGUCAUCUCCCUAAUCUGACACUCACCACCUGUGCUUUUUUUUUUUUUUUUUUUUUUUUUAAUGUCCAGAUAGUUGUGUUUAGAUUCUUUUGAAAAAUCAUUGUUUCCUUUUGAGCUCGCCCUUUGUGAAAUCUGCUUGUUCUUACUGGUUCCUUUUAAUGGUGUUUUCUGGAAGAAGGGUUUGGGAAUCUAGAUGAUUUAGACUGCCCAUUGACUUUAAUUUUUUUUUUUGGUAAUGGUGGCAGCGGCAGCGGUGGCAGUGGCAGUGAUUUUAUUUGGUGCUUUUUGAGUUGUUAACUCUUGAAAUAUUGGGGUGGGGUGGAGGGAGGCAAGAUUUUUUUUUAUGUUUUUUUGUUUUUCAUGUGAUCAGUUGUGACAAAAUGUAACUGGAACAGAGAAGUAGGGUAAGGGGAGGGAAACCCUUCUCCUCACCCCUAAGCCACAAACUGACAUAUUUAAAGAAUGCUGUAGGUCUGAACUCAGGGGCCUGGCUGGUCCUUGCUCCUUAAGGUCCUUAUUAUCUUUUUGUCAGGGGCCAUGACUGAGGGAUAUGGGAUAUAUUUUAGAGGGUCUCUGCAUCACCUUACAUCCUCUCCCUGCAAAGAGUAUGCUCAGUUUCUAUGAUUACAGAGAUGCUCUUUAGUAUUUAAAAUGUUUUUCUAUGUGUCUUUUUGUGCAUAUGUGUAUAUGCAUACUUUAAAAAAAAAUUUUUUUUUUAAGAAAGCCAAAUAGGAACAUCACCAAACUGGACAUCCUCUCUUGGGUCUUAGAGAUCCAGACUUGAUUCAGCAUUGACAUCAUUGGUUCCCUUAGGGUUUGGAUCACAGCAGCCCCAAACCUGGGGGCAGUGCCCGGGCCAAAUGGCUGUUUAGACAUGGUCUGAGGGAAGGGGUGACAUGUUUAAAAAAUACUGUGUCUUGGGGAGGGAAGUGGGGAAGAGAAGCGAAAGAUUUCUUUUUUAAGAUUUUGUUUUGUUUAACCAAAGAAAGUGAAGCAGGUCCUACUCUAGCUUGCUGUUCCCGGAUUCUCGAGGAGAACCUGUAUAAUAGGGAUGGAGGCACAUGGAUCGUAGGGUAAUUGAGGAGAUGAGACUCAGAAACUAUGCAGGCAACCCCCUCCCUUCUCCCUAUUGCUAACAAACAGGCUACUUCCCUUUGGUGCUAAAAGCUGGUGCUUCCAGUCUCCACUUUCCCGUCCCCUAGAUUGCCUGCCUCUCUGCAGCCUAGAGAAGGAAGGGCACUGAGCGAGAGGGAUGUGAGAAGGGCAGCCGUUAUCCUGCUCACCUGGGAGGAAUCGGGCCAGCUGCGGCUAUUCUGGGAAGGGGACCUUGCCUGCCAUCUGCCAUGGGCCCCACCUGCUGGGGGGAGGCGUGGCAUUGCGCCUGGAUCCUGGGGCUGCACCUACAGAGGGCAGAAGCACCCUCUCCCCGACCCCCCACAGCUUUGAGCAAUAAAAACAGGGGAAUGGCUCUCAUCCUCUUCCCCUUGGUAUCACUGGGAAUGGGGUGGGGAAGCAGCCAAUAAGCAGUAGGGGGAGGGCCUAGAUUCUCUUUGUGCCUUGACAUCCCUUGAUCCAGUCAUUCUUCCCUCUUAUCCAGCUUCUCCCCUUCCCCCCCCCCCCUUCUUCCCCUCCAGCUCCCUUUCCAAGUUGUAGCUCCUCAUCCGUUUCCCUGAACUGCACUCGACUCCCAUCUCUUGCUGAAGCCCUAGCGGGGGCUUUCCUCACCAGCCCUUGGGAGGGCCAUGUUAGCACCAUUCUCCCCCUCCCCGCCAAGGGAGCCCUCCUUGGGCGGUAGUCGAUGGGCAGCUGCCUCCUCCGUGGCAGGCCCUUGCUCUCCCAACCUCUCUGCCUCUUCUGAAUCAGCUCCUCACUUUCCACUGCACAUCCAGCAAUGUUCUUUAUCCUUGUUACACAUCUACCUCACAGAUCUCAGUUCAUUGUUCAGAACGAGGGCCCAAUCACCUACUUAGGCCUCUUCACCUAUCAGGAGUAAGGGGAAUAGGUGAUAUGAAUAGGAAGAGUUCGUAAUGAAAAACCACAAUUUAGCUGCUACUUUCUGCAAACUGAUGGGGCCGAGUCUAGUGUUGGUACCUACCCAUUAAUUAACACGGACAUCCAAGCGGAGCUGAUGGGUCUUAAAAGACCUGGAGACAACUUCCUUCUGGCCAGUGGCUUCACAAAGGGAGAAAGAUGAAGGGUCGCAGCAGUAGCUAUUCCCUCCCCCGGUUUGACAACCAACAAGGCACAGGGGCUUCGUCAUCUCAUUUUCCUUAUCCCUGUUGGUCUUUAACAACAGCCUUAUUCCAGAGAACUCUUAUUCACCCUGGGGCACUUACCUCUCCUAUCUUCGAGCUGAACUGAGGGGAAGAGAAGUUGGUAUCCAACUGAGUUGAGCUGAAUCCGAGGUUCUGAUGGAGACGCCAACAGGGGACCACCUUUAUUCUAAUUUCAUCCACCCAACACCAAUCCCCAUCUCAUUACCCAUCGUAGACCUGGAGUAAGUUUAAUUUAUACUUAGAAACAUUUUGUACAGGUUUUUUAAAGUCUUUUUUUCCUUUUGAUUUUGUUUAUUCAGAGUUUCUAGUUUUGUAUUCUGCCUGCUUCUAUGCUGAAAGCACUCCAGCUUCUUAUCCCUGUUAUCUCCUCAAAUUUCCAAUGUACCCCCCCCCUCCCUGCAAUCUUGUGGAGCUCCAAUUGUCUCAUUUCAAAUUCUGUUUUUAAAUAAAAUGAUAAAAACCAG